UAAAAAGUGCAGGCCAGCACCCGUCUCCUGAGCACACAUCUCACCACGCCACAAACACCAAAGAGAGGUGUACUACGAGGGAGUGAGAGGCGCCCGGCUCGCCUGCGUCCGUCUCCACUUCUCGCGAGCCCGGCGUCACCCGCCGCCGGGCACGCACCACGCUCAACGCCAAAGAAAAUAGUGUAGGUCGUGUAGGCGAAGGCCGACCUGCAAACUAAACACUAGUCGAUCAAGAUGGUGGUGGAGGGAUACGAAGCCGACAAGAACAUCCAGAUAUGGAAGGUGAAGAAGCUGAUCAAGGGGCUGGACGCGGCGAGGGGCAACGGCACGAGCAUGAUCUCGCUCAUCAUACCGCCGCGCGACCAGGUGUCCCGCGUCGCCAAGAUGCUGGGCGACGAGUACGGGACCGCCUCCAACAUCAAGAGCCGGGUGAACCGCCAGUCCGUGCUGGCCGCCAUAACCUCCGCCCAGCAGAGGCUCAAGCUCUACAGCCGGGUGCCCCCCAACGGCCUCGUGCUCUACACGGGCACCGUCGUCACCGACGACGGCAAGGAGAAGAAGGUCACCUUCGACUUCGAGCCCUUCCGGCCCAUCAACGCGUCGCUCUACCUCUGCGAUAACAAGUUCCACACCGAGCCGCUGAACGAGCUCCUCGAGUCCGACGACAGGUUCGGCUUCAUCGCCAUGGACGGCAACGGCACGCUCUACGGCACGCUGAGCGGCAACAGCCGGGAGGUGGUGUACAAGUUCAGCGUGGAUCUGCCCAAGAAGCACGGGCGGGGAGGGCAGUCGGCGCUCCGGUUCGCGCGCCUGCGCAUGGAGAAGCGGCACAACUACCUGCGCAAGGCGGCCGAGCUGGCCACGCACUUCUUCACCAACCCCGCCACCAACCAGCCCAACGUGGUCGGGCUCAUCCUGGCCGGCUCCGCCGAUUUCAAGACCGAGCUGGGCAAGUCCGAGAUGUUCGACCAGCGGCUCCAGGCCAAGAUAAUCAAGUCGGUCGACGUGUCGUACGGCGGGGAGAGCGGCUUCAACCAGGCCAUUGAGAUGUCUGUGGAGGUCCUCUCCGAGGUCAAGUUCGUCCAGGAGAAGAAGCUCCUUCGCAAGUACUUCGAGGAGAUAAGCCAGGACACCGGGAAGUACGUCCUGGGCGUGCAGGACACCAUGGCGGCCCUCGAGAUGGGCGCGGUCCACACGCUGAUCGUGUGGGAGAACCUCGACGUCAGGCGGUACGAGCUGAAGAACUCCGCCACGGGGGAGACGGUGGUGAAGUACAUCAACGGCGGCCAGGAGGCGGACCAGAGCAACCUCGGUGUCGACGAGGCGGCGUGCGGGGAGCUGGACGUCGUCGACAGGGUGCUGCUGCUGGAGUGGUUCGCCGAGAACUACCAGCAAUACGGCUGCAAGCUGGAGUUCGUCACCAACAGGUCCCAGGAAGGAUCGCAGUUCUGCCGGGGCUUCGGCGGCAUCGGCGGGAUCCUCCGCUACCCGGCGGACGUCGCCGCCUACAACGACGACGACGACGACGACAUGCUGGAUGACGACGUCUAUGAAGGCCUCGAAUAGCAAUCAACUGAAGCUUCACUGCACACGGUCUGGGAGGAGCCUGCGCUGGCCCCGACCGCGCCGCCGGGACGAGACCCUGCUGAAACAUCCAAACGAUCGGUGCAAGGGAAACGAGGAGGUGGGACAGAAGAAAGGAUCUCAGCAAUUAUAGUUCGGACCUUGAGCAAAGCACGAUGAUGGCGUUGAUGGUUUGGAGUUGAAGGUCUCUUCCUCUCUGGAUCCAUCCCUUCAAAUUUGGUUAUGCUACUAAGCAGCCGUGGCUGCCUUCUCUUGCUGCAUCAGAGAAUAUGCUUAUUAGAGUCGUAUUAGUUGCGAGUGUGAGAGUGGUGUUCCUUAUAAUCUACUCCUGAGUCGCCUUAUGAGCUUAUAUGCUACUACAACAACUGCUUGAAAUAAUGUUGUGUAUUAUUGUGUUCGAUUUUA